AUGGCUUCUCCCCGCCCCAGCUUCGGUCCUCAAGGCUAUCCUCUCCAGAAUGGCACGCCUGCGGGCCCCGUCCCCGGUGCCACGCCGCUUCUCCCUAACAAUGGCCGUGUGAUUCAGAGCGGACCUACUCGAAUUCUAUGCAUUGCGGACGUGCGAGGAAACCUGAAGUCUCUGAAUGAGCUGGCCAAGCAAGCCCGCGCAGACCAUAUCAUCCACACGGGUGACUUUGGUUUCUAUGAUGAUACCUCACUUGAGCGGAUUGCGGAUAAGACCCUUAAGCACGUUGCACAAUACUCUCCCCUCCUCCCUGAGAAUGUGAAGCGUUCUAUCGCACAAGUUCCUCCCCAGCAAUCUAUUAAGCAACGCUUCCCUCCUGAGCAACUGCCCCUCUCCGAACUUUCUAUGCUUCUCGAUAAGCGCAUUACUCUCGACGUUCCCGUUUACACAGUUUGGGGUGCCUGUGAAGAUGUUCGCGUGCUGGAGAAGUUCCGUUCUGGGGAGUACAAGGUUGAUAAGCUGCACAUUAUCGAUGAAGCCAACUCGCGCCUUCUCGAUAUUGGUGGGGUGAAGCUGCGUUUGCUGGGUCUGGGAGGUGCCGUGGUGAUGCACAAGCUAUUCGACAACGGUGAAGGAAAGACGACGAUCGCGGGUGGCCAAGGUACCAUGUGGACAACCCUAUUGCAAAUGGGAGAGCUGAUCGAUACCGCCAAUCGGGUGUACGACCCCUCCGAGACUCGUGUCUUCGUCACGCACGCCUCCCCCGCGCGCGAGGGCAUGCUGAACCAGCUUUCCGUCACAUUGAAGGCUGAUUUCUCUGUCUCCGCCGGUCUUCACUUCCGUUACGGCUCCUCAUACAACGAGUUCUCCGUCAACCCGUCACUUGACCACUACCGUGGCAAGCUUGCUGCCUCCAAGGCUUCAUUCACCGAUGUGUGGGAGACUGUUCGCGGCGAGGUUGAGUCCGCUAUCUCUUCCAACGAUGGCCAGAAGACUUUGUUGGAGAAUGCGCUGGAUGUGGUAAACAAGAUGCCUUCCAUUGCCAACGGUGGAAACCCAUUCGGUGGUCCUGUUGCCGCCGGAAAUGCGGCUGGUCAGGUUGAUGAGAGCGCUUUCAAGAACAUGUGGAACUUCAACUUGGCUGAUGCUGCUUUCGGAUAUUUGGUCUUGGAGGUUGAGGGUGGUCGCAUCGCCACCGAGAUGCGAGCUCAGGGCUUCAACUUUGCCCACCGUACCGGCAAGCCCCAGGCAGGCGGUGCUCCCCAGCCCGUAUCCAGCAGUCUUCCAGCUACCACCGCUUCUCCCGCUCCCACCGGAGCUGCCCGUCCUCCAGUCGUGGCUCCUCAGUUCGGCCAAGCUCCUCCUGCUCGUGCACCCAUCCCUCAGGGCCAGAAGGGACCUCGUGCCUCGCCUGUUCCUCUAGCCCGGCCCCCCGCUGCGCCUGCUGCUGCCCAGCCCGCCGGCGAAGAAUCGGCCGCUGCCGAUACCAACGGUACCGGACCGCAUGAAAAGACCGAAUCUCCUGCUCCCCGUGCCGAGAAAAAGCCAAGCAGUGCGUUCUUUGUGUCUCACGCCGACAACGAGCAAUCUAUCCGUGACAUCCUUCCCGAAGAGGACAAGUCUAAGGUCGUCAAGGUCGAGAAAUAUGGCAAGUUCAACUAUGUCGUGACCUUCCCUUCUGCCGAGGAAGCCAAGGCUGCCAUGGAUCGUCUGCCUAUCGAGAACAAGAAGUCUUCCGCCCCCGGACAACCCCGCAAGACCAACUUCAAGUACUUCGAGGAGCGCACCAACACCAACCGCGGAGUUGGUAACGCUGGAACCUGGCAGGCUAGCACCCGUGGUGGUGGCACUCCCGGCCAGCGCGGUUACAACAGCGCCAGUGACAGCGAAGGCGCUCGUCGUGGUGGAUUUGGUGGCCGUGGCGGUCGCGGCCGCGGAGGUGGUGAGCGUGGUGGCCGCGGCGGACGCGGUGGUGGUCGCGGUGGCUUCAAGAGCGGCGGCUCUGCCGACUCUCCCACCCCAUCUGACAAGCCCGCUGCCUCCGGCGAUGCCUAA